AUGCCUCCCAAAAAACAAACCGACAAAACCGCCAAAGUCCCCAAAGUCCCCAAACAGCCUAAGAAGAAAGCCAAAGUCGGUGCGAUUUUCAGUGGCAUUUCAAGAGCAAGUGCAUCCUCUGUCAACCUGGGCAGUAUGAUCAAUAUGGUCAGCGGUCCAUCUCCAUCCUUCAACCUCUCCAACCUUCUUCCAAAUGACACCUCCUUGCAACAUGAGUCUAGCAUCAUCACAGCUGCACCUGUCGUUCCCGUUCAAACCCAAGGCACCGACUCUUCCUCUCCGGCUGUCAGAGUGGGCACCUUCUGUCACUUUUGUUGUGACCAGACGAAUGUACCUUACAAUCACGAAUGUGUCAACUGUGGGGCUAUCGUUUGCGAGCAAGACCGCCCUCGCAGCAGUGGGUGCAUAUAUUUAAAGUCUGUCGAAGUCCCGGAGAGCGAAUUCAGGUGCCCUAUGUGCUCGAGGAUGGGAGAGGGGAACCAUAAGCCCUUGCGUUAUGCUUUCAUUGGAUUUGGUAAGAGGAAGAAAGUCAAGAUGGCCUGGCCGAUGGCCAUCGUGAAUCUUACCCUCGAGUCUAUGAAGGAUGACUAUCUCGCUAACACAGUGAUACUGGAGGCGCAGAAUCACUAUAGAACCUUUGAGGACAAUGCAAGUACCGCUUAUAUCACUGCCCGUCUUGCUGCUAACAUUGCCCACCAGUCCGAGUCGAAAAAGCUGGCUCCCGGCAUAGACUUCAUAAGUCGCAAUGUGAGCGCUGGAUAUCCUCCCAACGUGUUCCUUGUGGUGGACACGCAUUCGGACGAAUUCACUGGUAUGCUGCAGCACACUGGAGGCCACACAGGUGGCACAAGCACAACCAUCACCGAAAUACUCCUCGCGUAUCUUGGACAACAGUUUUUGUCCGUCAUGGGACAAUCUUCUACAGUAGCGAAGAGCGACAAGACUGUGGUGAAGACCUUAAAUGGAAGUGAGACUUGGUGCAACCUCACCGCUCAGGCUAGGGGUGGACGGAGGGUGUUGAUUAUGGUGAGCUGCGGCCCUGCGAUCAGGGUGAGCCACCAUUUUGAGGCGGUGAAAGCGUUGGUGGAACGCAAUUUGGUCGACUUCGUAAUUGGAUUCGGCGGAUCGGGCACAUUGCCCUCCAUGGUCUCCAAUGCGGUGCGCUCCAUCGUUAUAGAGUUGGGCGUCUUUGGAGGCACAGAUGUUUGGCAGGCUAUUUGCGAGAUACUUGUGUGCUCGAACGACUUCUUGGACUACACAACGGCUGUUGUUGUAUUCGCAAGCACAGUGGACAACAAGCGGGUUGCUGAAUGUCGUCAGAUUAGUAAGGACAUUGCGGGAACUCGAGCUUUCGGAUACGAAUUCAAAUCCUGUCCUACCCCCAAGUGUCAGCCGGUCCCCGCAGAUAUGCGCGUGCACAACAAAGGUGCUAAGGUUCAGCUUCGUUGCGCCUCAUGCAAGUGGAGGUCUUCUUGGAUCAAGAAUACCGAGGACAACAAGCAUUUCAGGCUUGUAUCCAAGUUGCGCGCGCCUCAGCUAUUCUGGCAUCAUUUCCCCCCAUCAGCCGACCUCCAAAACUUUUUCGUGGAGGUCACUAACGCUGAAAGAGCUCAAGUUGCGGCGUUUACUCAAGAAGGGCAGAGCAAAAAAGUUUUGGGAAAGAAGGGGAAGAGCAAACGUCAAGGGGAAAUGGUGAUGGCGAUGCAACAGGAUGCAAAAAUGGCGGAUGAUGACAGUGAUGAUGAGUCUAUGCUGCUUGACUAA